AUGGCUGCCGAUUUGAAGGACGUGCCGUUGCACCAGUUGGUGGAGCCCUUUGAUACGCGGCAGCAGCUCUGCGGGGGUCAACUGCUGCUCCGCAUCCGCUUGGCCUCGGAUGAGGUGGCGUCUCUCACGGAGCCGGAUCCCUUAUUUCGCUUGGUCCCGCGGGUGGCGUAUCUGCCCUUCCUCUUCCACGAGGUCUUGGAGCACUUCAAGAAGUCCAUCUCCCGCAUGGGCCAACCCUGUGAGCUGUGGUUCGACUACAACAACAUUGCCCUGAAGUGGCACUUCCCGGUGGGGGUGCUGUGCGACUCGCUGGUGGGCCUGGAGGUGCCGGUGCCCUGGGAUCUCACGGUGCACUUCCGCGGCAACUCCUCCAUGAAGGACUUGCUGCCAUUUAGUGGCAUGGCCGACCUGCAGCGCGCGGUCAUGAACGCCUUCAAGCAGGCACUCUUCCUGGAGGUGGGCUCCACCAGUCGCUUCAUGCGCUUGGAGAAGAAGGAGCACAUGACUCUCUGGGACGCCAUCCUCCACAGCGACCUCAAAACCUUUAUCUCGGUGGAGGAGAAGUUGAUGUGCAACACCUUGGCCGAGUGCAAGAGCCUGGCAGUUCGUCUACACCUUUGGCUUCCACCAGACGAGGACGUGCUGCUGCGUCGUGCCCCGGCACUCGCCGAAAAUGGACCUGCUACGGUGAGGGAUUUCCUGCGCGUGGCGAUGCCGCCGCUGCUGGAGGGCCAGGAGCUGAGGCCAGACGUGGAAAUGCUCUGCCAAGGGCUUGCAGUGCCCCUGGACACACCGCUUUUCUGGCUGGCCCUGCAUGCCAGCUACCUGGACCACUUUGUGCACCUGGUGGCCCGUGUCAGAGGUUGA